AUGAAGUUCAUUUCUGCCCUCAGUGCCCUGGCUUUCCUGGCCGCCCUUCCCGCCCAGCUUUCGGAUGCAACCCCCGUGAAGCGAACCUCAACUCUUGCCGUCCAGUACAACCUCUUUGGUUGGGGUCGCAACGGCGAUACCUUCCGUAUUCCCGCCACAGCCACCAGUGGCGGUCCCAGCCAGGAUCCUCGCUACCUGUGGUUCUCUGUCAGCACCAACUUUGCCGAUACCGAUGCCGCCACGGGCCAGCCCAACACCUUUGCCAUCUCGCUCCUGCGCACCUCCCAGGACGGCCUUGGCAACCCCCAGAUCCAGGUCUUCCCGACCACCCAAACCAACGCCAACCUCCGAGCCAACUACGUCGGCUACUACUUUGCUUAUGGAAGUAUUCCCGGUCUCUAUGUGAUCCAGGUCAAAGGUCCCUAUGUCAAUGGUGUCUCCAACCCCUCCACAUUCUCGGUUGCCAACAGCACUGCCCUGCACGCUGCUCUCUAUCGCCCGCAGUGUGAAUCGCCCAACUUCAGCAUCCCCACCGACGACUUUGGCAACCCCAUCAAGACCACUCGUGGCCAGGUCCUGUGCAACUACAACACCAACUUGGCCGAUAUCCAGUCGACAGCCAACUACAAUGAGAUUGUCGGCUUGCUGUCCUCGUGUCUCUCGGACGCGACUCCCGCCGGCUGGAUCGCCACUGAUGCCACAACCAGCUCGUGGAGCGGCACAUCCAGCUACUACGUCCAGGUCAACCGAGCUACCAGCACUGGCCAGACCUUGACCGCCACCUCGGCCAGCGCCACCUACGCCGCUGUCUGUGUCCGUGGCUCGUAA